GAGAAGCAGGCAGGCAGAGUUGAGGCGCCUGCGGGACGUGAUCAAAGUUGCUGAUGCAUCUGGAAAAUGUGCCCCUGGGAACUGUUGCUAUGUCGCCGAGACAGGAUUCCUAAUAGCCGGAGCUGCUCACGGGAGCAUGUCUUUGUGCUGGGGACUUAUCUGUACGCUCGCACUUGUGCAUGGCUGCAUAUGCAGGCUGCACACGUCUGGGGGGUAACCUGGGGAUCUUGGUAAUCCAGCAUUCGGGAUUCCCACACCAAUGGUCGAUUGGGGUUCUCCGUUGCGUUGCACAUGAAUAUUUAUUACGGCUUGCUGAACACAGAGCGACGCAUCCAUCCCGUCCCAACAUAGGCGUACCUCUGGCAACUACCACACCCACUCAAUCAGCGUCAGCCGAGCCGCAGCCCUGUGAGUCAAAACGAGAUGCUACAUUGCACAGAAGAAGCAAAUUGUACUCUCGUGACUCUCGUGUGAAGGCCAAUGGGCAUGUCGAUAAAUGCUGCAUCCAUUCGUUCGAUUGGGAAUGCCGUCGGCAAGGGCGACGUCCGCUGAAUACCUGGUGGAAAAGCAGCCGUAACCGGAUGGCGAUUCUGCUCGUGUGUUUUACGGAUAGACUGCACACCUUGGUGAUGGAUAUUAUACGACGACGCUAUUGACUGUGAGAUACGAUCAUACGAAGCCCUCUUGCUGGAAAUGGAGUUUCGAAGUUCGCCGCCGCCUCCUGCUUAUGAAUCCAGGCAUCCCGUCCGGUGA